AUGGCUCAACCAAGUCGCCGUGUUUCAUAUUCCGGUCCAUUGUCGUCAACGUCAUUUCAUAAGGAUCGUCAUUAUCAUCACCACCAUCACCACCAUCAUCAUAGUUACCCUCAUGACCAACAACGUCUAUUAGAGUUUGUUGCUCAAGACGAGACUAACAAUUUAGUCUCGCCUUUUGACAAACUCGAACGCUUGAGUCUUGAUGACAUUAGGGAAACCGCUUAUGAAAUAUUUUUCACGGCGUGUAGGUCAUCUCCUGGGUUUGGAGCCCGAAAUGCGCACUCAUUUAAUUCAAAUAAUAAUCAUAAUGAGUCCAAGCCAAGCAAUGUGGUGAUGUCACCGACGAGUAGGGUGAAGAAGGCAUUAGGUUUGAGGAUGAUAAAAAGGUCACCGUCAAGGAGAAUGACGUCCGGUGGAAACAGUGGAGGGCCAUCCUCGCCUAUUGCAGGCAGCCCUUUUCAUCACACCUUGUCGAUGUUGAGGCCACGGAGGCCAAUGACAUCGGCAGAGAUCAUGAGACAGCAGAUGAAGGUGACAGAGCACAAUGAUAAUCGCUUGAGAAAAACCAUCACGAGGAUCCUUGUUGGCCAAGCACUAAAAAAAGCAGAAACAAUAAUUCUGCCAUUAGAACUAUUACGCCACCUAAAACCGACAGAAUUCAGUGAUUCUCAUGAGUACUAUAUGUGGCAAAAUAGACAACUCAAAGUCCUUGAACUAGGCCUUCUUAUGCACCCUUCAGUCCCCGUCGAAAAAAACAAUACAUUCGCUAUGCGACUUAGAGACAUCUUACGUAUUUCAGAGUCCAAACCAAUAGACACAAGCAAAAACUCCGACACAAUGAGAACACUUGGUAACUCUGUUGUUUCAUUAGCAUGGAGAGGUCCAAAUGGAACACCAGCUGAUGUUUGUCACUGGGCUGAUGGAUUCCCUUUAAAUAUUCAUUUCUAUAAUUCACUUCUUCAAGCCAUUUUUGAUAUUCGAGAAGAGACAUUAGUCCUUGAUGAAGUCGAUGAAUUACUCGAGUUGAUUAAGAAGACUUGGUCUAUAUUAGGUAUAACUAGGUCAAUUCACAAUGUGUGUUUCGCUUGGGUUUUGUUUCAACAAUAUGUAGCAACCGGUCAAGUUGAUUGUGAUCUUCUUUGUGCUUCACAUGUUAUGUUGGGUGAGGUUGCUAAUGAUGCUAAGAAAGAAAAAGAUUCUUUUUAUCUUAAGUUGUUGACAUCAAUUUUGAGUUCAAUGCAAAGUUGGGGUGAGAAAAGGUUGCUUAAUUAUCAUGAGUUUUAUUCUAGAGGGACUAUUUCUCAAAUCGAAAAUCUUCUUCCUUUGAUGUUGUCUGUCUCGAAGAUUUUGGGUGAAGAUCUGAUGAUAUUUAAUGUUGGUGAAGGAAGAGAGAAAGGAGAUAUUACCAUUGUCGAUUCAUCAGGUGAUAGGGUUGAUUAUUAUAUUAGAUCUUCCAUGAAAAAUGCAUUUGACAAGGUAAUUGAAGAAGUAAAUGCCAAGUAUGCUGAAUUGCAAAUAAAAGGGGAACUAAGUACUAUUCUUCUUAAUAUAGCUCAAGAGACAGAAGAUUUAGCAUUAAAGGAAAGACAAAAUUUUAGUCAAAUACUAAAGAAAUGGCACCCUUCAGCAGCUGAAGUUGCAGCCUUGAUGUUGCACAGUUGCUAUGGCCAUUUGCUACGACAAUAUUUAAGCGAUGUGACCUCGCUCACUUCUGAGACAGUUGAUGUACUUCAAAGGGCUGGAAGAUUAGAAAAGGUUCUUGUUCAAAUGGUUGUUGAAGAUUCUCUUGAUGAUGAUGAUAAUGUGAAAACAGUUAUAAGAGAUAUGGUUCCAUAUGAAGUUGAUUCAGUUAUAUUCAACCUUUUGAGAAAAUGGAUAGAUGAAUCAUUGAAUAAAGGAAGGGAGUGUGUGCAAAAAUCAAAAGAAACUGAAACAUGGAAUCCAAAGUCAAAAUCUGAGCUAUAUGCACAUUCAGCAGCAGAGGUAGUGAAAUUGGCAAAGACAACUGUGGAAGAGUUCUUUCAAAUUCCAAUAGGAAUAACUGAAGAACUAGUUCAAGAUCUUGCUAAUGGAUUGGAAAGUCUCUUACAGGACUAUAUGAUGUUUGUUGCAGCAUGUGGUUCAAAACAAAGCUAUAUUCCUCCACUUCCUGCAUUAACAAGAUGCAACCGCGAUUCAAAGUUUAGCAAGCUGUGGAAGAGAGCUGCACCUUGUGCUACAAAUUUAUCAGAACUAGAUCAUAUAAACGGAACAAAUGAAGGUCACAAUCCAAAACCAUCAACUAGCCGAGGAACACAACGACUCUACAUUCGUCUCAACACCUUACAUUACCUCCUUGUUCAAAUCCAAUCUCUCGAAAAAUUGCUAUCUCAAAACCAUUGCAUUGUUCCUUCAACAAGGCAUAGCUUCACAAGCAAUCUAAGAACACAAAGCACCAAAAGUGGUUCAUAUUUUGAAACAGUAAUCUCAUCACUUCCAGCAGCAUGUCAAAAUGUUUCAGAAGUUGCCGCGUACCGUCUCAUUUUCCUUGAUUCAAGCUCGGUAUUCUACGACACCCUCUACGUCGAUGAUGUAGCCAACGCGCGUAUUAGGCCAGCAUUGAGAAUCGCGAAACAAAAUCUCACACUAUUGACUACACUAUUAGUUGAUAGAGCUCAACCAUUGGCAAUGAAGGAAGUAAUGAGAGCUUCCUUUGAUGCAUUCUUAAUGGUUUUGCUAGCUGGAGGAAACUCAAGAGUGUUCAAUAGGUCAGAUCAUGUUAUGAUUCAAGAAGAUUUCGAGAGCUUGAAUAGAGUUUUCUGCAGUUGUGGCGAAGGAUUGGUGUCGGAAAACGUAGUCGAGAGAGAGGCUGCAGUUGUGAAAGGUGUAGUUGGAUUGAUGGCACAAAAUACUGAACAGUUGAUGGAAGAUUUCAGCAUUGCAUCAUGUGAAAAAGGUGGGAUUGGAGUUAUGAAUAUGAAUGGACAGAAAUUGCCUAUGCCUCCUACUACUGGAAGGUGGCAUAGAUCAGAUCCUAACACAAUAUUGAGAGUUUUGUGCCAUAGAAAUGAAAGAGCUGCUAAUUAUUUCUUAAAGAGGACAUUCCAUUUAGCAAAGAGGAGAUGAUAUACACUUGCAACAUAAAUAUUUUUUACACCGUCAAUCAAAUUAAUUAUAUAUUUGUUAAAAGUCAUAGAAAUGACAGUUUAUGAUUGGUUGACGGUGUAAAAAAUUUUUAUUGAGACAGUGUAUCAAAGUUAAUUUCUCUAUGUAUAUACAUCUUGGAGAAAAUAUGGAUGAAUAUUAUUGGUAUGGGGGGAAGAAGCACAUAAGAUACUAGUCAUGAAAGCCAUUGAAUCUGUGCUGAAUUGUAUUUUUACAAAGAGAUAUUCUUUAAUUUUUUUGGGGGAGAAAAAGAGAGGAAACAAUUGUAUUUUGUGUAUAGUUUGUUAAUAAUGC